AUGGGUGGCCAAAUCUCCAAGGUGAUGGGCAAGAUCUUCGGAUCCAAGGAAAUGCGCCUGCUCAUGCUCGGUCUCGACGCCGCCGGCAAGACCACCAUUCUCUACAAGCUCAAGCUCGGCCAGGAUGUCACCACCAUUCCCACUGUCGGCUUCAACGUCGAGACAGUCACCUACAAGAAUGUCAAGUUCAACGUCUGGGACGUUGGCGGUCAGGACAAGAUCCGUCCCUUGUGGCGUCAUUAUUUUAGCGGCACCCAGGGUCUAAUCUUCGUCAUUGACUCCUCCGACCGCGCCCGUAUAGACGAGGCUCGCCAGGAGCUUCACCGCAUCAUCAAUGAUCGUGAAAUGAAGGACAGUCUACUGCUCGUCUUUGCCAACAAGCAGGACCUGAAAGAAGCCAUGAAACCUCAGGAAGUCACCGAGGCUCUCCAGCUCUCCAAGCUCAAGGACAAGGUCUGGUACGUUGUCCCGAGCUGCGCCACCACUGGCGAGGGCCUGCUCGAGGGUCUUGCCUGGCUCUCCAACAACGUCAAGGCUCCUCCCACCGCCGCCAAAAACCCAUAUAUACGCUCUGCUGGUCACGCGGAGAAGAGGAGUGCCGGCGCAGCACAGAGAUUGGACAAGAAAAGGGCAAAUGAUUUGGGAGGCGAGAUUCGAAAUAACCAUUAUACCAUGUACACCAAACCCCGCGCGUCGACUUUUUUUUCUUCUCAGCACCAGCCCGCCAAAAAACAACAAAACAAGACAUGA